UAUUUGUUUAAAAUUUUGGGGAAAACUUAAAAAUACUAGUAAAAUAUUAGUACCAAAAUAUUACCGACAUUAAUAGAAAUUCAGAAAAUAUCUGGUAGAAAGUGCUAAAAUAUUUACAUUUGUGCGAAAGAAGAAAAGAGAGAGGAGCGCAACGCGACUCUCCCACUUUCUUUGCCUCCCAAUUUUAGCUUUGAAAUCCGUAAAACCCUAAUUCUCUCUUUUGCGAAGUAUGAGCUACCCUAAUUACGACUCCAGAUACGGCGAUUCCAGCUCCUAUCGCCAGCGACGCAGUGACCUAAUAGGGGGUCCACAGCCUUCCAUGUAUCCACGGCCUAUGCCGGGUGGAGCUGCGGGUAGUUACGGUCGUGGUGGGCCCCCUCCUCAUGGUGGUGCUCCACCGCCUAUGGGGGUGGGUGGAUCUGGACGAGGUGGCGGUGGGUAUCCGCCUUUUGAAGGCGGGUUUUCGAGAGGGCCGGAUAGGGGAUUUGGAGGUGGAGGAGUUGAUAGAGUGGGUAAUGGUGGAAUAGGGGACCGGGACCGGGGUGGGAGAUUUGGUGGUGGUGGGAGUUACAGUGGAAGUAGGAGUGGUGGUGGUAGGGGUUUUGAUGGAGGGUAUAGUGGUGGACGUGGUGGUGGAGGCGGAGGUGGAAGGUUUAGCUCGGAUGGAGGUCGUGGUAGUAGUGGUGGGAGAGGAGGAGGUAGGCAUGGGAGAUCGCGUGAUGAUUUAGAUAACCUUACUCUACCAAAGCAAGACUUCGGGAAUUUGGUACCAUUCGAGAAGAAUUUUUAUGUUGAAAAUCACUCUGUGAGGUCAAUGACGGAUCAGGAAGUUGCUAUUUAUCGUGCACGUCGUGAUAUUACCGUUGAAGGCAGUGAUGUCCCUAGGCCAAUUCAGAUGUUCCAUGAGGCGAACUUUCCUGAUUAUUGCCUUGAGGUUAUUUCAAGACUAGGAUUUGUUGAACCAACACCUAUCCAGUCACAAGGAUGGCCAAUGGCUUUAAAAGGCAGAGACUUGAUAGGAAUUGCUGAAACCGGUUCUGGGAAGACUUUGGCAUAUUUAUUGCCGGCUUUGGUUCAUGUCAGCGCGCAACCCCGGUUGGCACAUGGUGAUGGUCCAAUCGUACUAGUAUUAGCACCUACAAGAGAAUUAGCUGUUCAGAUUCAAGAAGAAGCUGUCAAAUUUGGAUCGCGUGCCAACAUAAGAAGUACUUGUAUUUAUGGUGGUGCCCCAAAAGGACCUCAAAUCCGUGAUCUUAAAAGAGGAGUUGAAAUUGUGAUAGCAACCCCUGGUCGGUUAAUAGAUAUGCUGGAAGCUCAACAUACUAACUUGAAAAGAGUGACUUAUCUGGUACUGGACGAGGCUGAUCGAAUGCUGGAUAUGGGAUUUGAGCCUCAAAUAAGGAAAAUAAUUUCCCAGAUUAGACCAGAUAGACAAACCUUGUAUUGGAGUGCCACUUGGCCCAAAGAGGUUGAAACCUUGGCUAGGCAGUUUCUACGUAAUCCUUAUAAGGUCAUCAUUGGGUCUCCAGACUUAAAAGCAAAUCAAUCUAUAAGACAAGUCAUUGAAAUUGUCACAGAUGUAGAGAAGUAUAGUAGGUUGAUUGGGCUUUUGAAAGAAGUGAUGGAUGGAAGCAGAAUCCUAAUAUUUGUAGAAACAAAGAAAGGAUGUGAUAAAGUCACAAGACAGUUGAGAAUGGAUGGAUGGCCAGCUUUAUCCAUUCAUGGUGAUAAAAGCCAGGAUGAGAGAGAUUGGGUCCUGGCUGAUUUUAAAAGUGGCAGAAGUCCUAUAAUGAUUGCCACUGAUGUUGCUGCACGUGGUCUUGAUGUGAAGGACAUAAAGUGUGUGAUCAACUAUGAUUUCCCUUCAAGUCUCGAGGAUUAUAUUCAUAGGAUUGGCAGAACUGGACGUGCUGGUGCAACAGGAACUGCCUUUACAUUUUUCACCCACGCAAAUGCCAAGUUUGCCAGAGAGCUUAUUAAGAUCCUGCAGCAGGCAGGACAAAUUGUUCCUCCUCAACUUUCUGCAUUAGCAAGGUCUAGUGGUCCUAGCGGAGGAAGCAAUUUCAGGUCUAGAGGACGAGGUGGCUUUGGGAAUCGGGAACAGCGAUCUGGAUCUAAUGUAAUUCCUCUUGGCCAUGCCAGAAGACCUUGGUAGUUACUGUGCCUAUUCCAUAAGAGUGCAUUUAGGAAAUGUAUACUAGACCAUGAUUUUGGGGUUCUGUAGUUCGCGUCACUUACAGCAAGAAAUGUUUAUUUUUCUUGCUGGCGGAUGGAUUUUAGUUAAACUAACCUCUUUCCUUUUUGGUGUUGGUCGAACUGGUUCGUUAUGUGAGCACGCACUAGGAAUUUGGAUAAGUAGAUGAAGUUAACGUAGACACAUAGUUUGUGCAGGAAGAGUAUUUAUGUUAUCUGGUAUGGCGACAUUUGUACCCUCUUAAAUUUACUAGGCAGGACAUAACGUUUCAGUUUGCUUUUAA